AUGGCACAACGUGAAAAUAGAAAAGGUCGAGAAGAUACAAAUAAAACAGCUGCUCCUACACCACGAAGACCAGUAUGGGGUACUCCAGUUUCAAAUCCAUCUGAACCAUCUGCUAUACCUAAAUCAGUAUGGGGUAUUCCAUCCAGUACAACUGAACGUUCUCAUAGUGCAUUUCCAAGUUUGAAUGAUUCAAUGAGAAAUAUGUCGGUUGAUACAACAACAAUAACAACACGUGCAAAAGAUAGUCGAUCUCAAAGUGUUCGUCAGGGAAAUCGUCGUCGAAUAUUAUGUUCUGCAGUUCCUGAUUCAGCUGUAUUAACUCCAAUUCGUCGUCCUGAUGAAGGUGGUUCCAAAGGUCAAGCCAUAUCUAUUUAUACAAACCAUUUUCCUGUUACAAUUAGUGAUGCAAUUAUUAAUCAAUAUGAUAUUGACAUUGCGAUCAUUGACCGUAAUGGUAAACCGCGUCUUGCACGUAAAGAUGAUCGAUGGAAAGUAAUACAAACCAUUACUAAACAAAAGAAAGAUUUUCCUGCUGUAUGGUAUGAUGAAGGUAAAACUUUAUAUAGUCGAGCAUUAUUACCGGAUAUAAAUCAACCUAUUCAAGUUAAAUUGGAAAGAGAUGGUGAAGCAAAAAUAUUUCAAUUAACUAUAUUAAAUCUUGUUCGUCAAGAUAAAAUUGGAAAUAUUUUUGAUUUUAUUCAAAAGAAAACUUCAACUAGACCACAUGAUACAGUUCGAAUAAUUGAAACAUUAUUUAAACAACGUGCACGAAAUGAAUUAGUUGCUGUUAAAAAUCAGUUCUAUGAUCGAAGACAAAUACUUGAAGAUCUCAAGGAUGGUCGUGGUAUGGGUAAAGGUUUCUAUCAAGCAUUGUUUCUUACACGAUCUGGACCAACAUUGAAUAUAAACUUGACAUUCACUUGUUUUUAUAUGCCAUUGAAUUUUGUCGAUUUUACUUGCAAAUAUUUACGAAAAGAUAUUAUUAAUCAUCCUUUGACAGAACAUGAAUUAAGAGCUUUCAAAAGAAUCGUUCGAGAUUUAUUUAUUGAGACAAACCAUGCUGGUCAUAUAAUUCGCUAUAAAUUACGUGGUUUUGGUCUUCCUGCUAAUCAACUUACAUUUCCUCGUGAUGGAACUGAUGAAAAUACAACAGAAAGAAUCAGCGUAGCAGAUUACUUUAGUGAAAAAUACAAUAAAAAACUAAAGUAUCCAUAUUUACCUUGUAUUGAUGGUACAAAUGGUAUUUCGAAAAGAGCAAAUUGGUUACCUAUGGAAUUAGUUACACUUGUAGAAUGGCAACGUUCAUUAAAACCAUUAGAUACAACUCAACGGUCUCUAGUUUCUUCGAAAUCAAUUAUUAAUCCACAGAGCCGAUACGAUCAAAUUAUGAAUAUUGUUCAUAAUCGUGAGUUUGAUAAAGAUUCUUAUCUCAAAGAAUUAAAUAUCAAUGUGAAUACAAAAGAAAUGCUAGAAAUUAAAGCACGUAUUCUUUCACCUCCACAAGUAAAAUAUCGUGCUCGACAAGGUCGAGGUGAUGCUAUUGAACAAGUCGAUUGUGGUAAAUGGAAAAUUCGAAAUUGGUUUUAUACGACACCUGAAAUUCAACGAUGGGGAAUAAUCUAUCUUGGUGAUACAUAUGACGACAGAGUUAAAUAUAUUCUUCAAAGUUUUAAAGAUCAAUUCCCAAAUUUACUUAGACGUAAUGGUUUUGUCAUUCGAUCCGAAUUAGCACAAAUAAUAAAAACUUCGAGAAAAGAUGAUAUUAGAAAUGGUAUGGCUGAAGCUAGUGGUAAUCGUUGGCAAUUGGCUAUUGUCAUUCUAAAUGAGGUUCCUAGUGAUGUCUACGAUUAUGUUAAACAAUUAGGUCAUCAACGAUUAGGUUUAGUAACACAGUGUGUUGAUUUAAUAGCUCUUGAAAAUAAUCUACAAAAACUUCAUAUGUAUGUGGAAAAUAUAAGUCAGAAAAUUAAUGGAAAAUUAGGUGGAAUCAAUAGUGUAGUUAAUACUAAAUUAGCUCUGAGUCGAUCUACAAAAGAAGAUCUUUUUAUGUUCUUCGGAGCUGAUGUGACUCAUUCGACUUGUUCAACAGAAGUUCCAUCGAUUGCAGCUGUCGUUGGUUCUCGUGAUCCAACAAAUAGUUUAUAUGCUGCACGACUCUGUGAACAAUAUCCGAAGAAAGGCCGUUGUUCACUUGAAAUAAUCAAAGAAUUAGAUAAGAUGGUUGCGGAUUUAUUACGUGUAUUUGCUGGUACAUGUGGUGGUCGUUUACCGAAUAAAAUUGUUUUCUAUCGAGAUGGUGUUGAUACAGGACAUUAUCAAAAAGUUCUAGAUAAUGAAGUUACUAAAAUAAAAGCUGCAUGUCGUGUUGUUUAUGGGAACAAACCUUUACCACAACUAACAUUUAUUGUCGUAAAGAAACGUCAUAAUACUCGUUUCUUUUUAUAUGAUGGUAAGCAAACAAUGAAUGUUCAAGCUGGAACUGUUAUAGAUCAAGAUAUUACUCAUCCAUCUCAAUUUGAUUUCUAUCUAUGUUCACAAACUGCUAUAAAGGGUACAUUACGACCAACACUUUAUCAUGUUCUUCAUGAUGAUAUUGGAUUUAGUAGUGAUGAUAUUCAACAACUGACAUAUUGGCUUUGUCAUACGGAUAUGCGUUGUACAAAAUCAGUCUCAAUUCCAGCUCCUGUUCAUUAUGCUCAUUUGUCAGCUUAUGCAUCACGAACACUUAAAUUUGGUAAUGAUGCUCAUAAUAAUGAUGCUGCUGAUGAUGAUGAAACGGAAAGUAAUGUCGACGAUAGUGAAUCUCCUCAGAAUUAUUCACUGGAUGAUAUUAAGACGCAAUUAAUGAUACUUGAUCCAAAAGUUGCUAAUGACAUGUGGUUUAUCUGA